UAUGCAUCAACAAAACGGUCCGUGCGAGAAUUUGCCAAAGUUAAAAUAAUUUAAAUAAAUAAGUGCUAUUCCACAUGGGCUUCCUUUGUGUAAAUUUGUUCUUCCAAAUGGCAACCGUUUUGCUCUUUCGCUGGGGAAACGCCCAGGAAGUGGCGUUGUCCAAUUCAAAUAGUACUUUGCUCAUAUUUACAGACAUGAGACAUUGCAAAAAUAACGAAUUCUACGAUUUGGAUACGUUUUCAUGUGUUACCUGUGGUAAGGAGGAUGAUAUCCUACAAUCCACGACGGAUAAAUUGUCUUGCGAGUGCGCAUCCAACUAUGUGACUGUUGUGCUUUACGAUACACACAAUAGGAGUCCUAUCUGCGCUGAAAAAUGUUUAGGCGAUCCGUCAAUUGACAAUGAUUGUCAAGUCGUACUAGCAAAUUCGAGCAAAACACAAUGCGAAUUUAAAUUAAUUAAUUUUACGCAACCCACCAAGGACUACAUAACAAGGUCUGUAGCGACAACAAGACCAAUACGAAUAACUCCUGCCAGUUUUCAUCCGCAUGGUAUUUGUAACACUUGCGAUUUGGAAUACAACUUUCGCUACUUGGACUAUUGUAUUGGUAAUGCACUACUCAAGCCAUAUUUGAAGUACAACUCAUUUUGGCAAUCAAUCAGCGCCAGCGCUGUCCACUUUGGUGACCUAAAGUACGUGGCUUUUUUCUGCUUAACAUUGCGAAACGCUACUGCUUGCAACCAGCUGGCAAAUCUCUGCAUACUGUCCCAUUUCUCCGUCGAUAAGAACUCACCCUGCAGCGCAUUUCUGCUUUCUCAGGUUUCAGAUGUUGCUAUCAAAUAUGCCAGCAUGGAUGAGCACUUACAAGCGACAAAGCCGCCGCUCUUCUAUAAAAAGGGCAAAAGUACGGCUAAAAUGCUAACGGAACCUUUUCCCACUGGUGCUGGCAAAGGCGCAUUCAAACGGUUGCAAUUGUUUAGCACCGUUUAUGCUUUGGACGGCACUUUGCGCCGUUGGGGUGAAUUUAAAAUGAGCCAUGUGAAUUUAUGUCAAAUGCAUGCAGUAAGCGAUUCGACCGACUGGAAUACGCUACAGGAUGUACAAUUCGCACAUUAUACCACACCAAUUCAAUGCAGACUGACAGUGGAGAACCUAAUCGACUUAGCUCGAAUUUACGGGAACGAUUACUUUCUCAGCGUAUUUUUAAAUGUUUCCAGUACAACAAUGCAAGGGGCUGUGAAGACUAAACUACAAACUCUACCUAUUUUGAUUGAGGACAUUUACGCUGAUAAUAUGCGGCCACUACCAGAAGAAUGGCAAUUGGUGAAACGCUUUCAGCUAAUCGAAGCACAGCCUCGACGUAUCCACAGCCAUGUCCAGCAAGCUAAAUAUGAAGACGGAUUCAAACUCUCACUCUACCGUAGCAUAAGAUAUGUAGAAUAUUUUGAAAUGCACUAUGAAAUUCAUGAACACAAUCAGAUUGGUUUGCCGCUUGUAAAGCUGCGCUAUCGGCACAUUGACCUAAGCGCCAAUGCGACACUCAACUCCGUACAUCCAUUUAAAUUGCAAAUCACUUUUAAGCGGGUUGGAGAAGCCGUGCAUAGGAGACUUAUGUUCGAGUCAUUGUUGCCAUGCUUACUUUUAUCUGCAUUAGCGUUCGCCUUGCUGCAAAUGUAUAACUUUAGAAAACGAUGCACCGCCGUAACUGCAGAGUUUUGCGCGCCAUCCUCUUGUUUGCUGGAAUUCCUGCUACACUUCGUCUCUUAUGCCGCGAAUGCGAUUUUGCUUAGCGUCCUUUCCUACAUAUUCGUCUAUCCAUUACAGUUUCUAGCACAACGCACCGUUGAGAUCACAUUGCCUGUCAUGAAAGACGAUCAACGCUCAUUGGAAAUUCUAAUUUAUGUAGCCUUUCUGUUAAAGUUGGUUUUCAUUUGCGUGCACCUCUGGCGCGUCAGUCAUUUUUAUCUGUUUCUCAUUGAUUGGGAGCGACCGCGUACUUGUGAGAAUAAUCAUUUCACAUUAAAGAACAAUCUGGAAACUUCUUCCGUCUGCUCCAGUGUACGGACUUUUGCUUCUGAUAAUGUCUCGGCUUGGAGAAUAAUCUUCAUUGCUAAUGAAUGGAUCCGUUUGAGUUUAAAUCAAAAGCACUCGCCUGUGUGGCAGGGCCUCUUGGUGCUACCUUUGGCGCAGAUUUGGCUUACUAAUCCUUUGAUAAGCAAGGAUAUCGCUCUCCAACUCUUUCUAAUAGCAACUGCUAGCAUAUUGAUUUACAUCACUCAACUAAUAAUCCGACAUUUUGUUGUUAACGGUACUUUUGGCGAUCCCCUGCAAAAGUUCAUCGAUCUCUGCUCCUUGUCUAAUGUUUCGGUAUUUAUGUUGUUGGAACACAACUUCGGCUUCUACAUACAUGGACGAUCCCCAAACGGAUUUGCAGAUACGGAUAUGUACUCGAUGGUGGUGCAAAUGCAACGGGACUCACAGAAUCGCUGCAGUCGCAAAGGCUUACUAGGCGAUUCGGAUCAGCAGAGCUACAUAAUUUUGCCACCUAUAAAUCUGCGAAUUUACUUCGAGAAGUUAAUGGCCCCUUUCCAACGGUCUUACAGCAUUUCGCAAGCACAUUUUCAAAAAGAAAUAAACACAAUCGACGCUGCUGUGGAGCGUAGUUCGGCGGCUUACAGCAGUCUGAAUCGGUUUCUAUGCGCUUUUAUAGACCAUGCUAUCAAAGACAUGGAUUAUAUUAUAAAAGAGAAAACUUUCAUGGAAAAACUACUAAACUGUGAAUUCAAUAAUUAUUUGACCGAAAGUAAAGGCACAUUCUAUAUUGAUAGUGAAAAAUCGUUUGCCCGACUUCUUUUAUAUGGUAAUAGUUUGAAUCUAUUCGUAAUGGAAUUAGCGUUGCUCUUGGCUUUGUACAUGAUGACAUCUAAUUUAAUAGCAGCAAAUGUCGUCGUUUAUUUGCUCAAUAAGCUCUUACGGCACAUCUUCCAUAAAUGGGUGCGCCAAAAUGUCACAACCAAAACUUCCAUUGACCAACGGUUUCUGAUGUAAUCUGAACUAUCAAAUCAUCAGUGCAGUGGUAAUCCAAUCACCAAAUUAACGGAAUUUUAAGUUAUGUAUAUUUUAGAGAAUCUAUGUACGUAUUUAGUUUCUAGGUUAGUUUGAGAAAGAAACAGUGCAGAAUCGAAUUUUUCUAUAUAAAAUAGAAUUGAAAGAUUUCUUUGACGACAUCGAGAGAUCUAUCAUUUAAAUGCAUUACUCUUACUUAUGAAAUAGAGUUUUAUAAAAUUUGAGCCUUUUUAACGAGGAAAUUGCUAAAGCCCUUUAUAUAUCUCAAAUCUUUCAUGUACAUUCGAAUAAAAAAUCAAAACAGGCA